ACGACUGCUAGAUCUCAGAGAUGAAUUCAUAUCAACAUUCAUAGCUGCUGUUAUCCCAACUCCAUAGAUUGAAUCUGAUUCAGUCCAACGCAAGCAUAAUGUCCCAAGACAUCCGCGCCCUAGCAACCGAGAUCCUCGCCCUCUGCACCCAGCUGGAGGAAACCUGCAACGACUCUGGAAUCCCUUCUCCAAGCCUAACCACAGACACUAAAUCCAACUUCUGGUCCAAACCUGAGCUAGCGACCACCAGAACAACCGCCCUCGGCCUACUCGACCACCUCACCACCCUCCUCCAAGGGCCCCACGAUUUCCUACACGAGUUCGUCUCCUCUAACUGGGACCACGGGGCACUGUACGUAUUUCUCCAGUCACAGACACUAGAGCAUAUAGCCCAGACCGGCCGAUCAUCUCUUCACGACCUUUCAAAACACACCAGGAUUCCAGAAGACAAACUCAGCCGUAUCCUCGGACUCCUCCGGUGCCGACACAUCGUCGCUGAGCCAGAGAGGGGUGUAUUCUCCCUGACAGCUGUAUCAGAGGAACUGCUCGAAGACGGGGACUUUUGUGCUUGGGUGGAGUUUCAGUUAUUCGAGACCCGUGUUGCGAGUGCACAUCUGGCGGAUGCGCUGAUACAUAAACCGAAUGGAUAUGCCGAUGGCGUGUCAGGGUUCAAAGAAGGAUGGGGCAUGGAAAUGUAUGACUGGCACGCGCGAUAUCCGGAGAAAGGGGAGCGGUUUCGUCGUGCGAUGAGGGGGGUUUCGAGGGCCCUCGACCCUGCCGAUUCUCUCCUUGAGAGCUGGAUCGACCAACACCCGCCUACAUCCCGGACGAAGAUCGUCGAAAUCGGAGGCCGGUAUGGAUUUGCCUCUGUUUCCCUGGUACAGAAGCAUCCGGAUCUCUCGUUUGAAGUCCGCUGUGACUCUCAGGAUUUUCUCGACCGAGGCAGUGCACAGGUCCAAUCUGGCUGUCGGGAUCGGAUAUCCUUCACGCGCUGUCCUUCACUAUUCGAUUCGCAGCCUGUGGAGGAUUCACGUACGGUGUGGGUCUACGUAAUCCAGAACUUGUUUUGGAAUUGGUCAGAUGUGGAUGUUAUUCGAUUACUACGGUCAUUGAAAGAGGUAUCAGAUAAGUCUACGCGCAUUCUAGUAACAGAUGGGGUCUCCCCUCUGUCUGGAGAAUUUCCUGCGCAUGAAGAGAUAGCGUAUCGAAGGCGAGACGUCACGACCAUGACGAUGCAUAACGUCAAGCAGAGGAGGCAGGAAGAGUGGGUGGCUGUGUUUGGGAGUGUUGGGGAGAAUGUACAGGUUGAGACGACGUUUGAGCGAAGUUCGCAUGUUUGUAAGGGGCUGUGGGAGAUACGGUUUGGUGGGAAUGGUUCAGAUUGA